AUGGAAACUAUCGUCGACGCUGUCUCCAUCCACUCGCUCACAAAAUCUGCCUACUCUAAAAUCUCCCUCCAUCGCGCUAAACAGCCCGCCCUGAAUCCAAUCCCCGGCGCCACCGGUGGUAGUAGUGCUGCUGCUUUGAAUGCUAACACCGCAGCUCCCACUGGCGGCUUACCAAACUAUUCAAUCUUCGACCAUUACGUUGAUACGUAUGGAGCACCAACGGGGGAAAAGUACAAGCAAGCGCAGAAGAACUUCAUGAAGUCGCUCGUCUCAUACUCGUCUGGAAUUGAGCGAAUCACUGGUAGACAACGGCACAACGGAAAUCUCAUCCUCACUCGGAUCUUCGUCGCCGGAUUGAACUUCAUUGUCCUCCUCAAAGACCGCCACAACGGGAACAUCUUGAUCGACAAGGAGGGCCACAGUAUCCACAUCGACUUUGGGUUUGUGUUGAUCAUCUCGCCGGGCUCGAUCGGCUCCGAGAUGGCGCUGUUCAAGCUCGCCCAGGACUACAUCGAGGACGGCAAACGCCACCCCUCCUCGAGCCUCUCCGCCGGGAAUGAGCUCAGUAGGUUCCAUGAGUUCGUCGAGCUCUUUAGACUCUCGUUCAAGAAGAUCCGCAAACACGCCGAACGGAUCAUCACGAUCUCCAAGCUGCCCUGCUUCGGCGGCAACGGCGACCUGGUGAUCAAGAACUUGCGCGACAGGUUCCAGUUGGGCCUGACCUCGGACGACAAGCUCGACGAGUUCAUCGAGAACAAGCUCGUCCUCGCCUCGCUCAACUCCGUCUUCACCAGGCUCUACGACUCCUUGCAGUACUUCAACCAGGGCGUCCUGUGA